AUGAACGGAACUCCUCGUCUGAGGUCCUCAUACCCUUCGACUCCAGAAAGCCAGAAGCGAACAGCUUCGAAGACACUCUCAUCUGGAGGAGAAGGGUCUCGAAUUCAAUUACAAGCUAUAUCUCGCUCAGCUAGAGCCCCCACGACAACAUCUUCACCCUUAAUUCCUCUCACGGUGCUAGAUGCACCUAGCCAACGGCUAUAUGUCUGCGCUUUGUAUAUUGCUCUAUUAGCGUGGCGUCUUUACGAUUGGUCAAAUCUUGUUGAAGAUGAAGCCGAGUCGUUCUGGCUUUUUAUAAAAUGGGUUGCGUUGGAUGGGAUCGUUUUGUACGGGCUUCCAGAAUUGCGGAUACCCUGGCUGGAAUGGUCCAACACGGCCACAACUGGGAUAUUCCUGAUCCACGCCAUCGUGAACGGCAUGCUGAUGUUUAGAGUUCCAAUACCAAUUGAAGCUGGACUGGCUGUUGUGGCCCGGCAUCUCUACGACCGCGAGUUAUCCAUAUCCGAAAAUCGGGUGAAGCCAGCUAGCAUUUUACACAACUCUUCCCUGAUUAUGGGCAAGCAGAUCAUCAAUAUAUUGCCUGAAGGUUCUGUGACGCUGAAUCCAGACGGCCUCACAUUUUGCAUUGAAAACAAGAAUUCGAUUGUGAAGUUACCCAUACGACUAAACCAGACCGAUCCUGUUUAUAUCGAACUUCUUCGUUUGGACUUUGAUACGAGCAAAAAUGAGUCUAUAAUUAUUAAACAAAAGGAACUACAGACUCUCAGGAAACAAGCUGAGAAACGACGCCCUAGAGACUCCAAUACGUUGACGCUUGACUAUGCCAUCAAAAAGCCAGGUCUGUACAGAUUACAGAUCGUCAUGGAGAAGUCAGAUCUGGACGUCCAACGCCGCAUGUCUGAUACACUGGUUGUUCUCUGCCCCAAAGCAGUGAUCCAGCCUUCUGUGGCAGAUAAAUGUAUCGGUGAUCUUUCUGACUUAACAAUCCAAGUUACUGGUACCCCUCCAUUGAAAAUCGUAUACAGCCGACGAAUCAAUGAAAUGGAUGAAAGCUUCCACUUCCAAAGCCUUCAGCCUGAAGAUUUGGUGUCGCCACUUUUAGGCGCAACUCGUGCCUCGACGUUUGCUGCUACUUAUGAGGAAGAUAUGUCCUGGGGCGGAUUACACUCAAUAGAUGUGCGGCUGAAUGAAUCUAUGGCGUCCUCUGGGCGCUGGCUGUAUUCUAUUGACGAAAUACACGAUGCCACUGGUAAUAUAGCAAACUUCUCAGCCCGAGGAGAGGAAGGCGAGACUAUCCAUUCCAAAGGCACCCACCUCGAACAUGCAUUCACAGUUCACGAGCGACCUGUUGCGCAACUGGACCUGGUCUCAUCUGAUAGCCAGCUACGAGUUGCUAGUGGGCGUUCGGCAGAGCUUCCUAUCAAACUCGGCUCUUCGGGUGGAUCCUCCGAACAAUACGGCGACGUGAUUGCCUAUCGGUUUUCUCCUAUUGAUACCCUUGCCGCCAAUGGCGAUCACGGCAGCGAGUCUAUUGUUGUGGAGUUUACUACGAAUUCUUCACGUCAACGACCCCCCAUUCAUAAGCCUGGCCUUUAUACCCUUCUGAGCAUCUCGAGCAAACACUGUGAAGGCGAAAUCCGAGAACCAUCGUCGGUCCUACUCAUGAAUCCGCCAAAACCCGACUUGGCAAUUUUGUCGGAGGAUAUCCACGACAAAUGCGCCGACAAUUCAAUCGGGAUCAUGGUAGAUAUGGAUCUGAGCGGCACUCCACCGUUCGUGGUCAGGUACGAAGUUGAACAAAAUAAAAAGGUUGAGCGCCAAAAGAUUCAAAUUGAUGGCUCGAGACAUCAGCUAGAGCUCAAACCUAGGGAGGCUGGCCACUUCAUUUACCGCUUUACAAGCAUCGACGAUGCUGUGUACAAGGACCAUCCGCUAUCUUCGUCUGAACUAACCCUCGAGCAAGACGUGAAGCCGCCAGCAUCUGCAUAUUUUGUCAGCUUUGACCAAGUCGUGGCUUGCAUCGACGAGCCGGUUCAAACUAAAGUCUUAUUAUCUGGCGAGCCUCCCUUCACACUUGAAUAUGAGCUAGCCUACGGUGGGAAGCGGAAGAAACAUAAAGAGUCAGACAUCAAUGCAUACCAGUAUACAAUUACCACAGACCCACUGACGCGUGGCGGGGACUAUUCCCUUGCUCUUGUGAGCACACAAGACAAAACUGGCUGCAAGAUUUUUCUCAAUGACGAAAUCAGGAUAAACGUCCGACGGCAGCGACCGAAAGCGUCCUGGGCUCAGAUUGAGUCCAGGAGGUCCGUAAUGACGCUGGAGGAUAAAAUCGUUGAUUUACCACUUCGACUGGAGGGUGAGGCUCCCUGGACGAUAACGUACCGCAACCUGAACGACACAUCGAAGAUCGAGAAGGUUGUGAAACAGCGGAGCAGCAAUGACUACAUCCAAAUCAAUGGACGCGGUAUUUACAAACUCGAAAGCGUCCAUGAUAGACAAUGCCCUGGCACUGUUGAUGAGUUAGCCUCCUCGUUUGAGGUGAACUGGCUUGCUAGGCCACAGCUUAGGAUUUCCGAUAGCUCGGGAAUCCAGCAGCAAGGCAACAGAUACGUGAAACGCGAAGUUUGUGAGGGUGAUGUGGACGCAAUGGAAAUAAAAAUCACCGGAUCCCCGCCAUACCAUCUCAAGUACCAACACCACCACAAGCCUGACCGUGGGUCGCAAUCCGUCAAUGUCAAAGAAAUUGAUGCCGCCUUGGGUAGCGUAACCAUUCCGAUGGAUACGAGCAAGGCCGGCUCUCAGACAUAUGCCUUCAAUGAGCUUUCUGAUAACGCCUACGAUCAUGACCUUAAAAAGCACACUGUAUUAACAGUUCAGCAAACGGUGAACCCGAAACCCUCGGCCACAUUUUUGAAACCAGGCCAGUCUUAUAAAUACUGCAAAGAAGAAGAAUCUGGUGAUGAGGUCAUUCCGAUUGAAUUGCACGGCCUACCUCCCUUCUACCUGGAGAUCGAUAUCAAGCACCAGAGCAGUUCCCGACCUGAAACGGUAAAGCUCGCCAACAUCGAUUCCAACCACUACGAUUUCCGUAUCCCUCAUAGGGUGUUGUCGCUUGGGGCCCAUCAUUUGAGCGUGCGCAAGGUCCGCGAUUCACGUGGCUGCCAAACAAAGCUAGAAUAUGGAGCCCCCAAGGUUCAAGUGCAGGUAUUCGAUGUCCCAACCAUCUAUGCACUCGAACCUAAAGUGGAUUAUUGUGUUGGGGAUCGGAUCUCGUACACAUUAUCCGGCACGCCGCCUUUUGAUGUUUACUACAAUUUUGGCGACGUACAAAGGAAAGCCAAAUCCUCAAGUACGAAUUUCAGACGCAUUGCAGAAAAGUCUGGUAACUUCACUAUCACUUCCAUCUCGGAUCGGGCUAGUGAGUGCAAGGCCAAGAUUGGCAUCACCAAGACGAUCCACGAGAUGCCAAGCGUGAAGAUUAGUAAAGGCAGGCAGGUUUCAGUUGAUAUCCAUGAGGGCGGACAGGCACAGAUCCUCUUCGAAUUUUGGGGGACGCCGCCUUUCGAAUUUACAUAUACCAGAAGCACAAACGCACGAAAAGGACACAAGUCUCAGGUGUUGGAGACAAAGCACGAUAUCUCAUUUCAGCACAGCAAAACCGUGCAAGCAUCCCAAGAAGGCACUUACGAAGUUGUUGCGAUUAAGGAUAAGUUUUGUGCGUUUUCGACUCAAAGACUUGAUGGAAAGGCAGAGAAAUUACUUCAAUGA